AUGAAGGAUUUGAAACUUAAAUGUGUCAGCUGGCAGCUAUCGGAGAACCAGAAGGACCAUGAAUCCGAAGGGCUGAGCUCCAAACACCUGGUUGUGCGGAGAGGGAGGCCUUUCAAGAUCACCUUAUUUUUCAAAGAUGAGCCAUUCAGCCCAUUGAUGGACAGCCUGGUCUUCAGUGCCCAGCUGGGUGAACUUUAUGUUCAAUUCCCCUUGACUUUCUCCAGGCAUGUGUCUGCCUUUAAGUGGGGAGGUCAGAUACUUUCAGAGAACAGCUGGUCCCAGUCUCUUCGAGUCCUAAUCUUCACUCCACCAAAUGCCCCCCUUGGCCUCUAUAACCUCCAGCUCCAUAUCAAGUCCCAGGCCCAGCAGCACAGCUACGCUCUUGGAAAUCUUAUCCUGCUUUUCAACCCCUGGUGUAGCACUGAUGAGGUGCACCUCUCCCACGCAGACCAGAGGGAGGAAUACGUGAAGAAUGACUCUGGCAUUUUGUUCAUGGGCACACCUGAUAACCUGCUCCCGAGGACCUGGGAAUUUGGUCAGUAUGAAGAAGGGAUCCUGGAGACGUGCCUGAAAAUCCUUGAUAUGAGUCCACAGCACAGCAAAAACAGCCAAAAAGACAACCUGUGUCGCUCGAAUGCGGUGUACCUCAGCCGGGUAGUGUGCGCAAUGAUCAACUGUGAAGAUGAUAGGGGUGUGCUGAAGGGAAACUGGUCAGGAGACUUCAGCAGAGGAGUUUCCCCGUCCCAGUGGACCGGAAGUGCGGACAUCCUGAAGUGCUGGGAGAGAUCCCAGUGCAGACCGGUGCUCUACGGCCAGUGCUGGGUGUUUGCGGCCGUCAUGUGCACAGUCAUGCGAGCCCUAGGCAUUCCAUCACGAGUCGUCACCAACUUCAACUCUGCCCAUGACACGAACGCCAACCUCAUCAUUGAGGAGUUCUACAGCGAGACAGGGGAGAAACUUCAGCUCAGUAAAGAGAGCAUAUGGAAUUACCACGUGUGGCUCGAAUGCUGGAUGAGUCGUCCUGACAUAGGCUCCGAAUUCAGCGGGUGGCAGGUGCUGGACCCGACCCCUCAGGAGAAAAGUGGAGGUAUAUUUUGCUGUGGUCCAUGUCCUGUGAAAGCCAUCAGAGAGAAGCGUGUAGAUUUGUUCUAUGACGUCCCAUUUGUGUAUGCGGAGGUCAACGCCAGCGUGUACACUGCCAUUGUGAAGAACAAUCAGGUGGUUCACCAGAGUUUGGACGCUAACAGAGUGGGUUCACUGGUCUGUACCAAAGGAGUGAAUUCAUAUCUGGCGCAAGAUUUGACUGCUUACUACAAAAAUCCUCAUAAAACACCAAGGAGAAAUUCUUCUUUGCACGCUGGCAGAUUCAAGAAUUCAACAAAAGAGGCACGAAGCAUGAGUGUUUCCUUACAACUGGAUAAAGUGCCGGUGGCUGGACAAAGCAUCUCCUUCUCAGUCACCGUGGUUAACAAUUGCGGCACUUCAAGGCGCCUGAAAGAGCACAUCAAUGCACAGAUGAAGGAGUACAGCCACAACCUGCUGGAAACUUUCUGGGAAGCAUCUAACAUGAUUAAGCUUGGCCCUUAUGAAGCUCUUACCAUAGAGCACUGGAUUGACCCUUCCCAGUAUGAGCAGGUACUCAGAGACGAUGGCCUGGUGAAUCUGGCUGUGGUUAUAAAAGAUGAGGUCACUCUGGAGAGGAAGUUGGCCUCUGAGGAGUUCAACAUCACUAUGCCAUGGAUCUCCAUUCAGGUUGAAGAUGAAAGUAACAUUGUGGUAAACAAAGCACACAGUGCCAUUCUGGUCUUUCACAACCCAUUCUGGGUGCCCAUAGACGGUGUGUUGACAGUUUGCGGCUCUGGAUUAAUCCAGGGAAAAGUGCAAUCCAAGGUGUACCAGUUGCAGCCAGGAGAGAAAAGGGAGCAGGCUGUCAAUUUCAUCCCCCAGAUGCCUGGCACUAAGGUGCUGCAGGCAAGCCUUGAAUUCAAAGACAGUCCCCUGGUGCUGAGAGGCUUCAAAAGUGUCCUGGUCAGGGCCACAUGA